CUGGCAACCUAGAUUUGGCAUGCGUAAUGCGCACUAAACAAAAUAAAAGGAUAAAAAUAAUUGCAAGAUGGCCGAGUCCCGAGAUCAAGUUCUAAUAGAUUUUCAGAGUGUAACUGGAAUUGAUGAUUUUGAUUUGUGCACAAACAUACUCACACAGCAUGACUGGAAUUUAGAGAGAGCUGUUAAUAGCAUAAUGGGAUUUGGCCCAUCUGAUGGUGGAGGCUUUCCCCCUGAUGAAAUAGGACCCUCUCCUGCUGAGGAAAAUUUUGAUGAAUCAACACUGAACCCUAUCUUGGGGCAAGGAUCCGACAGGUUUAUUGAAGGCCUUGGGGUGCAUUUACGUCCUCCUGAUCAUGGUGCCUCUGAUAUGGCAUCAGGACCAUCCUAUAGUUCAUCACCACUGAACUUUGCUGGGCGAAUGAUUCAUUUCAAUGUUGAAUACAGGGAUAAAAACACUACAGUUGUGUUACCUGAUAAUGAAACUGUAGGUAAAAUAAAAGAGAUACUAGAGACUGAACUUGGUAUACCUAGAGCUAAACAGGAAUUGAAAGGUCUAGUCAAGCGCAAAGUUGAUGACUCAACUUUGCUGAGAGAUUUGCACCUUCCAAGAGAAAAUUCCCUGUAUCUGCUAACGCCUCAGAUCACAAACCCUACAGUAAAUAAAACACAGAAUCAAGAUGGUGAAGGAACCUCUCAUGGAUUAGAAGGUGAUAGAGAAUAUUUGCUAAAAAUAACAUACAGAGAUGAUACAAAGUACAGAAAUUUUCCAUUAAAAUUUAACUGCAGUAAAACUGUGGGAGAUGUAAAGCAAAGCCUUAUGACAUUAACAGAUAUACCUGUUAGGUUUCAAAUUUGGAGUGGGUGGACAAAGGAAGUCACAGACCAGGAUAAACUAUUUGAUUGCUGUCUAAAUUACCCAACCCAUGAACUGGAAAUGACAAAGUCAGAAUAUUCAUCUACAACCUGUAAACCUGCUGACACAGAGGAGAUGGAGGUAGACAGUGAUGAAGAGGAAGACACAGGUUUAGAAAACUAUUCACUAGAUGAUGAUCUGUUCUCUCAAGAAGAACCAAAGUCAUCGAGGCGUGUUGAACCACUUAUGCCAGAUGGUGUUGGAGACGACAAGUCAGCCCUGGAACAUUUCACUAGAGAGUUUACCCAUAGAUAUGGCGAAUGCCACCCCCAUUUUUACAUCGGUAGCCUUGAUGAUGCUAUUCAGGAAUCUCUUGUUGUCAGAGCAACUGAUCGCAAGCUUUUAGCUGUCUACCUCCAUCAUGACAGCAGCAUUUUCUCCAAUGUGUUUUGUUCCCAAUUGCUUUGUGCUGAGGGAAUAGUGAACUAUUUGAGUGUACAUUUCAUUACCUGGGCCUGGGAUUUAACUUCUACUGAGAAUUCAGCCAAGUUUCUACAGGCUGCCACACGCCACUUUGGUAGUGUGGCUGCAACACAAAUGAGAAGCUACAACCCAGACCAGUUGCCUUCUCUUCUUCUUAUCUCUCGAGCCAAAGCAACCAAUGAAGUAAUUGAUGUCAUACAAGGUCAUGUGACACUUGAUGAGAUGAUGACACGGCUUAUACAUGCAGUAGAAGUCUUUCAAGGACAGAAGCAUGCUGAUAUUAAUGAAGAGAAAGAAAGAGAAGCCAGGGAAAGAAUUAAGCAAGAGCAGGAUGCAGCAUAUCAAGAAUCAUUGGCAGCAGACAGAAAAAAGGCUGAAGCUCAAAAAGUGGAAGAUGAUAAACGCAGAGAAGAACAAGAACGACUGAUAGAAGAGCAAAAGAAAGUUGAAAAUCAGAAAAAGGAAGAACAACAAAUCAAAGAGGCCAUCAGCAAAUCAAUAGCAACAUCAGUACCAGUUGAACCACCUGAAAAUAGUCCAGGUCGCAUUUGUUCUUUGAGAUUUCGGGUUGCAAGAAGUGAAAUAAUCACUCGAAGAUUUUUAGCAGAAAAUACUCUUGAGGAUCUACUUAACUUCCUCACUGCCAAAGGAUAUCACACAGAAGACUAUAAAGUCAUUACGACUUAUCCUCGAAGAGAUAUUUCCAAUUUGGAUAAAUCAUCAACCCUGGAGACUCUAAAAUUAUAUCCUCAAGAAACUCUUAUAUUGGAAGAACGGUAGUUCUAAAAAUAGACAUCUGUUUUCCUCAAAGGACGGUGCUUAUUGUGUGUGCCAGCAUGCGUGGUUGAAGUCUGCCAUCUUUGUGUACAGGAAUGACAUACUUGUAUGAUAUUAUCAUAAGCAAUGUUAUAUAGCAUCAUCAUCUCUAUAGAGAUCUCAGAAAUUUUGUAGAGCAUCAGAGUACAUCUUUACUGCAUUACAGUAUAAAAGGAAAUAACAUGUUAGGAAUGAAAACUUGUACUUCUAUUUGUCAUCAGAAGAUUUCAGAGCAGAUUUGAUUACAUGCUUGUAAUCAACUCCAAAGUUUUAAUUGGAGAACCAAAACUGAAUAAAAAUGAUUUAUUAAGAUGAAUAAUUUGCUUUAUAUUUUUCAAAAAUGUUUUAAUUCUGUUGUUUUAUUUAAAUAUUUUAUAUUAGGCAUAGAUCUAGAAGUAAAAGCAUUUAAUUGUUGCUUAACUGCCAAAUAAGUUGUUUUAUUAUGCAUGGUUUUUUUUAUACAUGCUAAAAAAAUUUAUAAAUUCUUCCAUUACUAGUUGAGUGUUUUUAAUUAUUUUUUAGUUUAUGACUUUUAAAAAAAAAACAAGUCUCUGAUUGUUGUAUCUACUUUUUAAAGAAUACAAUGGCUCAUAUUGUGUGAAUACCUCAGGUAUGAUAGUCAUGUAAAUAUUAUUUAUGCUUUUAAUAGAAAUACUUAUUUCCCUCCAUUUCAAAUGGUUCACUGUAUCAUACGUGUACAUAAAUGGCCAGGAUAGCUAAACAAAGGGCUACCAUCAAGGCAAAAGUGUAGAUGUGUACUUGUAUAGCAUUCAUUCUGCUUCAUUUGCCCGCUUGUAAUAGAAUCCCAACAAACAAGCCUGGCUUUCAUAUUGUGAUAAGUGUUAAUAUUUUGUAAAGUAAUAUUCAAAUAAUGCAGUGAUAUCAGAUUUUAACAUUGUCAAAUAAAGUUGUACAACAAUAGAAUGAA